CUCAAAGGAAUAGCCGCUGCAUUUGCAGUUCUCUUAAAAAAAAUUGUACUAACAAUAGCACAAGAAGUUUGCAGAGAUUUUAAAUUAGACGUGAGGGCAGGGCACCUAAUGCGUUGGGUUUGGCAGCCAUAAUUUGCAUUUGGUAGCGAAAAUUCAAAGUGAACGGUUUAUGCAGAAAUUUGAUAUUUUAACCGUUAUGGAUGGAAAACCGAAGAAAACACGCCAGCGGAAUCGGCCAAGAAAUAAAGCAAAUCGUUUAAAGGAGGACAUCGGUCAGACCUCGAAUAGUGAAUUAAAUAACACUGAGAGCGUAGCGUUAAAUAUUGUGGGUCAACAAAAAACAUUUGGUAGUGAAUUUUCAACGCAAACAUCGAAAGAUUCGGAUAAUGGUUUAAGAUUACUGCAACAAAUGAUGCGCACAAAGCUUUUACAACAAGGCAAAAAGAGCGAAAAAGGCAAUGUUAAUACAAAAGCCUCUGAAAAGGUCGAUAAAAAGGAUCAAAAGAGUAGUGGUAGUUUGAGCAAAGGCAAAGAAAGUGGUAAAACGACAAAUGGGAAAGCGGCAGCGGCAAACAAAAGCCCCCCAGAUAACAAUUUACAAAAGCAAAGUGCAUUUGUUGCGAGUUUGCAAAGAAAAUUAGAGAGUUCAGUGGCAAACGGCAGCACCGAUUUACCUAAUACUUUAUUGGAAAACCUACAAAAAUUACUGCAUGAGGGACCAAUAAGUGAUGUGGAGUCCUCAGACGACGAGGAUAAUUAUAUCGAGUAUAUUUAUAGACCGCGGCAAUAUUUUUUGGUCGCCCUUUGCAAUCUUUGUAAAGAUGAGCUAACAGCGGAAACGAAAACUGUCUGCAAACGUUGCCAAUUGGCAUAUUACUGUUCGAUCCAGCAUAUGAAGGGUGACGAGCAACAUCGGCAGAUUUGUUAUGCAUUGCAACAGGUGGCAGACAACUGUGGUGGUCAAAUUUUUCGUAAGUGCGGUGAAUUCACCGCUGAACAAUUUCGGUCCUAUCGCAUUGUUAUAAUACGACAAAUAGAGUCCAUAAUAAAUCGACCUUUGACAGCCACAGAACAGGAGGUAGUAUUGUUCCCACGGAUUUGCUGCAAUACAAGCUGCCGCGAGUACGAUUUCAGAAAGCUGGUGGAUUGCGAAAAUUGUGGACAGGUCGCGUACUGUCGCGAUAAGCCGGAACAUUUUAACAAAUCCCAUCAGGAUUGGUGCAAAUCAUACCAACUGUUCAAGAAGCUAGAGUUAAUGCAGGCCAAAGGUGGAAAAAUCGAUCCGGCAAUGCCAAUGAAAAUACUCCAUGAUAUCCCAGGAGCUUGUUCUAAUACUAAGCAGAUUCUGAGCAAAUUAGACUGCGCCGUUCAGGAUGAUUGUGAAUUUUCUGCGCUUAGUCAAAUAUCUACGUGUCCCUUGACAGCUUGGUAUGCUCUGAAGUUAUGUGGGCAUUUGAAGAAGUCGGAAGAAAUUACUAUACAUCUCAUCGGUGCUGAAAUCGAAUUUGAAGUGGAUGUUUUACACAAAUGGGAACUAUUCUUCUUACAUAUUAAUCCGAAUACCAAAAAACUAAAUGUGGUUUUUGUCGGUCCGGAGCUAAAUCAAAGUAAUGUGCCCUUUGAACAAUUGGCGAAAACGAAAUGUUGCAGGUCUUGUCGUAAAACACAGCGCGUGGUAAGUUACAGUUUUCAAAACCAACUGUACCAUGAUUACUUCAACUUGCCUACAUUCAUGACACCCGAUUUAAUUUGCUUCUUCAACGCUGGCUUAUAUCGUUACAAUGGUUUUCAAAUGGAGGAUACUUGGCCUGAAACUAUACGUAUUGCCACGAAUAUAAAGUGCCCCAUUGUCGUUACAUCAUAUACGGCGUAUGAGGGGCCACUCGAUAUUUCAAGAUUGAUUCUAGAAUCCAGUCGAAGAAUUAAUGUUAUUAUGCCACCAGCUCUAAAUCCAUUUGCUUCUCAGAAGCCAGAGCGGAACUUUAUAUCGGAUGAGGAAGCACCAUUGAUGUUUAAGAACUAUUACUGUUUCCUAGUAGAAUAAAUAAACAAUGUCUCAUGAAAAAUCGUGCUUCAGGCAACGGUGAAAAAAACAUUAUUCUUACUUUAGCACGAAAAGCUUCAAAAUGUCAUUGUAGGGUUACCAUAUCGGUCUCAGUUGUCGAGACAUGUGUGUGACAUACAAUUUCGUGCACUCGCUCAAAAAAAAUAAUGAUUAAAAAAAUCAGUGCAUUUUUCACGAAAAUCAGAGAAUUUUCACGAAAAUCAUCCGAAGGACAAAAUGAGGGAAUUCCCUGACAAAUUGGGGAUCAUGGUAACCCUAGGCUAUCAGGAAUGGAUUCUUUACAAAUUUCAACCAUAUAUAUCUUACAUUAACCGGUAUUUUUGGUAAAAUGUCAACUAUUGCCACUGGGGUAUUCGGGACCUAGAAGCUUGAACCGUUUUAGUUCGAUUUGAACAAUUUUUGGUCACAAGAUGACAUACUUCAAAGGCACUACUCUUGCAAGUUUUAUUUCGUUCUAUU